GAAGAGGUAAACAAAAACAAGUAAUCAUCGCUGUGCAUUAAAUCAUCAUAACACAAUUUUAAUUUCCAGUUAAAAUGAAAGCUUUUGCAGUGACAGCCGUGUUUGUUCAUGUGCUAUUUUUGCUUUCAAUAUUUUAUAUCUAUUUCCAAUCACCGAUAUUGCAAAACCUUCCCGUGGGAACCGAUGAUGACACUGCAGUGGCUGAUAGAGUUGUCGUAUUCCUCGCCGAUGGUUUACGUGCUGAAUCAUUUCUACAGCACCAAGCAAACAGAACCAAAUUCAUACAGCGGACACUCAUUUCGAAGGGAGCAUUUGGAAUAUCAAAUACUCACGUGCCUACGGAAUCAAGACCUGGACACGUUGCUUUGUUUGCUGGUUUCUAUGAAGAUCCUAGUGCGAUUUUCAAGGGAUGGAAAGAAAAUCCGGUUAACUUCGAUUCUGUUUUUAACCGUAGCCGUUCUACCUACAGUUGGGGAAGUUCAGACAUUUUGACUGUAUUUUCGAGUAAAAUAGAUUCUGGAAAAAUUUAUACUGACAGCUAUCCGCCUGAAAUAGAGCAAUUCUCAAGGAGCUCAAAUACUAGCAUUCUUGAUAUAUGGGUGUUUGAUAAAGUGAAACAGUUUUAUGCGAAUUCAGAAAAUAGCAAGAAACUUUCAUCAGGCAGAAAGCUUAUACUUUUCUUGCAUUUGUUGGGAAUGGAUACGUCGGGACACAUCCAUAAACCAUAUUCUCAUCUCUUUACAGAAAAUCUUAUUAUCGUAGAUAAAGGUAUUGAACAGAUAGUUCAGCUUAUUGACAAUAUUACGAACCAUGAUCAAAGGACCACAUAUAUCUUUACAUCGGAUCACGGAAUGACGGAUAGGGGAUCACACGGAUCUGGUCAUCCUGUUGAAACUGAGACUCCUUUUGUGAUAUGGGGAGCAGGAGUGGAGCAUUGGACAAGUUUAAAUGAUGAUGUUUCGUAAGUUCAAAUGAUGUAA